UCUCUCUCUCUGUGUCUAGCUGGCUGUGGAACCACAUUGUGAUCCUUUUCUGAAUACAUAAUUAAUGGAGGCUAAUCCUAAUCCCCGCUUGAAAAGCUUCAUUUGGAGCUUUCUCCGUGUUCCCUUCUCUAACAAAUCCAUGUUCGAGAUCUCUCUCCCCCUUCACCCUUAAUCCCCUUCCGCCCCCAAAAAACCUUUCUCCCAACCACUUUUGGACUCAUCCCCUCUCACCACAGAAGCUACCGACAAAAACCCUUCUCAAUCUUUACUCGGUUUCCGUCGACAACCUCACAGUCGUCUCUGCAGCUCAUCGAAGAUCGAUGACGAUGCUGCGGCUCCUGACCUCCGUUCUCCUGCUGCUAUCAGCAGCGGCGGCUAUCGGCUCACGGGCAGAGGAGGUCACGUGCUCCGGAAUCGUGCCAAUGAAGUACCGGAGGAAUACCAUCUCCAUCACGGACUUCGGCGGCGUCGGUGACGGGCGGACAGUGAACUCGAAUGCGUUCAGGAAGGCGAUAUAUAGUAUCCAGCACCUGAACAGGACCGGCGGCACGCGGCUCUACAUUCCUCCGGGGGUGUACUUGACGGAGAGCUUCAACCUCACCAGCCACAUGACGCUUUUCCUUGCCAAAGGCGCCGUCAUCAAAGCCACUCGGGAUACUUUGAAUUGGCCCCUGAUUGAUCCAUUGCCAUCUUAUGGAAGAGGGAGAGAGCGCCCUGGUGGAAGGUAUAUAAGCUUCAUUCACGGGGAUGGACUUGAAGAUGUUAUAAUCACUGGCGAGAAUGGAACGAUUGAUGGGCAAGGAGAUAUAUGGUGGAACAUGUGGAGACAGAGGACUCUCAACUUUACCCGACCCAACCUUGUGGAGCUGAUGAAUUCUAGAGAUGUCAUCAUUUCGAACGUGGUUUUCCAGAAUUCUCCUUUUUGGAAUAUUCAUCCAGUUUAUUGCAGCAACGUGGUUGUUCGGAAAGUCACAAUAAUAGCUCCGCUGGAUUCUCCCAACACUGAUGGAGUAGAUCCAGAUUCAAGCUCCAAUGUCUGCAUAGAAGACGCCUACAUCUCUGUCGGAGAUGAUCUUGUAGCCGUCAAGAGUGGGUGGGAUGAAUACGGGAUCUCCUAUGGCCGUCCGAGCUCAGACAUCACAAUCCGCCGCAUCACAGGAUCAUCCCCCUUUGCUGGGAUUGCAGUAGGGAGUGAAUCCUCUGGUGGGAUCGAGAAUGUGGUUGCAGAAAAUAUCACUUUGUACAAGAUGGGAGUCGGGAUCCACAUUAAGACGAACACUGGACGAGGAGGAAUCAUAAAAAACAUUACUGUCUCGAAUGUUUACAUAGAGAAUGCCAGGAAGGGGAUAAAGAUCUCGGGGAAUGUUGGGGACCACCCUGAUGAUAACUAUAACCCAAAUGCCCUGCCUGUUGUGAAGGAAAUCACGAUAAAAGAUGUUUCCGGUGUGAAAAUUCUACAGCCGGGACUGAUGCAGGGGAUAAAGAAGUCACCAUUCACGGGGAUCUACCUGUCUAACAUCAACCUUGAGUGGGUCCCUGGCCCAAGGCCGAGUGCUCCUUGGACCUGCAUUGAUGUUAGUGGGGAUUCUACCAAGGUUAGUCCAUCGCCCUGUUCCGAGUUGCUAACUUAAGAACUCUUUUAGCUGAUAGGAUCGAGAGUGAAGCUAAAUAUGCUUCCAUGAUAUUUGGGCUAACUUCUUAAGACAUUCCAUUGUAGUUAUUGAAAUGCAUACUUUGCAGUGCUGCCAAUAUUCCCAGUCCAAGAAGGACCAUGGAAUCCAUAGGAAGUUCGUCCAAAUCUAUGGAAGCUUUGUCUUUCCAUCCCAAAUCCCAUGUUAACAAUAAAAAGUAAUGUAUUGUGCCAGCAAUGGCCGUGUAAGAGAAGUUCAUGCCUCUCCCAAUUUAGAAUUGUGUACAUUUGAAAUUUGUCCAUUCAAUAUAGAAAUUCAGUUAGUGCUUGACAAUUUCAGAUUGUCGUCUUCCAA